GCCAGGCUGACAGCAGUACAGAGUUGGUCUCUGAGUGUCCGGAGCUCCGGGUCCUGGAACCCGCCAUGUCUGCCGCCGGGGGGGAGCGGCCGGAGGGUCUGCCGGAUACUCUCAUCAUGGAAGCCAGUCAGUGCCUUGCCGUCUCCAGCAUCCUUGGCCCCAAGCCGAGCCCUGCAAUCGUCAGCACCUUUACUUCUACAGGACCAGAGUUUCCACGAAAACGGAAAAUUAGUGAAUCCGAGAGUCAAACCAGAGAAAGCGCAGACGGUAAUGACAUCCAGGGCAGAGAGGCUCACAGCCAGACGGAGAAACGAAGGCGAGAUAAAAUGAACACGUUAAUCGAGGAACUAUCUGCUAUGAUCCCACAAUGCGACCCCCUGCCACGUAAGCUCGACAAGCUGACCGUGUUACGUAUGGCCGUACAGCACUUAAAGGCGUUGAAGGGCUCCGGAAUCUCCUUUUCUGAAGAGAGUUACAAACCUUCAUUUUUACAGCAUGACGAGCUGCGCCGAUUGAUCCUCCGGGCGGCUGAUGGCUUCCUCUUUGUGGUUGGAUGUGACCGAGGAAAAAUCAUGUUUGUGUCGGAAUCGGUGUCUAAGACCCUGAAAUACAGCCAGGCGGAUCUCAUUGGCCAAAGCUUGUUUGAUUACCUGCACCCCAAAGAUGUCGCCAAAGUAAAAGAGCAACUUUCAUCGUCCGAUGUGACCCCGCGGGAGAAACUGAUUGAUGCCAAAACUGGUUUGCAAGUACACACGCAUUUUCAGGCCGGGCCCUCCCGUCUCCACUGGGGUUCUCGACGGUCCUUCUUCUGCCGUAUGAAGUGUGGUAGAGUCUCCGGCAAAGAAGAGGAGAACUUUUUAUCCAAUCCAAAGAAAAAAGAUCACAGAAGAUAUUGUACUAUUCACUGCACCGGUUAUUUAAGAAACUGUCUCCUGAGUGAAGUGGGACUUAAAGAAGACUGUGACCGAGACAGAGAAUCUCCCAAUCUCAGCUGCCUCGUCGCGAUUGGGAGAGCCCAGCCGUACGUGUCUCUGCCGCGAGCAGCCGAAAUCCGAGUGAAACCCGCCGAGUUUGUUACUCGUUAUACCGUGGAGGGUAAAUUUGUUUAUGUGGAUCAACGAGCGACGGCAAUUCUCGGGUACCUUCCUCAGGAGCUUCUUGGGACGUCCUGCUACGAGUACUUUCACCAGGAUGACCACGGACACCUAACGGACCAGCAUAAAAUAGUGCUUCAAAGCAAGGAAAAAAUUAUGACAAAUUCCUACAAGUUUAAGGCGAAAGACGGAUCCUUUAUCACGCUCAGGAGCCAGUGGUUCAGUUUCAUUAAUCCGUGGACGAAAGAACUCGAAUACAUCGUAUCCGUAAACACAGUCGUUUCGGGCCAUUGUUCACAUCUAGAAACUGCAUCUCUUCCAGACAGCACUCACUCCUCAGAAGAUACUACCAAGCGUGCCUUUAUGAAUGUGCCAGGGGUGGCGACUGGAACCAUGCCUGGGGCUGCCAGUAUUGGACGAAAGAUCGCUGAACAAAUACUAGACAGACAGAGAGAGCAUUCUCCUCCUUUCAGCAGUAACAUUAGCCCCAGUGAGUUGCUACAGAAAUCCUCUACUGCUUUGGAUGUACCACUGAGUGAGGUUCACAAUGAAGAGCUGGUUCGAUUGUCUCCUUCAGAGAUUGAAAAGUUGGACACAUCUUCUCACCAUGACAUCAUUCCAUCGUUCCCCAUCUCGGAUCUCCUGAGUGAAGGCUCCGCACUGGACUUUGACCACGACACGGCCAUGGCUGAGUUUGUGAACCUUUUUGAAGAGGAUGGAGGUCUGGGAGACACUGGGGACCUCAGCGACCUACACUGGGCUCUAUAGCAAGAAGGACAAUAGGCUUUUAAAUACAAAAGGAAAAGUACUGUAUUUUGUAAAGCGUUGCUAUUUGAAAUUUUGUAUUUUUUUUUCUAUCUGAUAGUUGUGAUUUGUUAAAUACAAUGUCAGCUGUACAUUUUGGGGAAAGGAACGCCCAGUCCCCCUCUUACUACAUACAUAUAUAUAUAUUUAUAUUUAUUAUAGUCUAACGUUUCAUAUCUGCUCACUUUUCGCAGGUUCAGGUGACCUGUUAACUUUUUUCUGGAUUGUGAUGUUUUGAUCUGGAGUUUGUGUUUUUAUGAGUUUUAUUUACUAAAACAUGCCAAACCAGAGCGAAGAUGUGUUCAUUUCAAUAUUCACUUUGCUUUACCUGGUUAAUGAGGAACACGCCCUAAAAGUGCCAAUCUGCCCAUGAUCAGUUGCCCAUAUUUGAAUAUUUGCAGGAAAAACUCAUGAAAGUUGACUGUCUCCCCUUAACUUUGAGGUACAUAUAUAACUUAAUGUUUUCUGCGUUAAAUACAUGAAACUAUGCUAUUUAUUAUUAAAUCACCUUAAGGUCUGUCACUUCACCAAUUAUUUAACAUUGUCAGACACUGGCUGGGCAUCGAAUAUGUGGUCGCUGUGAGCCUUGCUUUCAGGCACCAGAUUAUAAAAAAAUUAUAGUUUUGUGAUGCCGAUCAGAUCAAUAAACUAGAUCUAAUAUUCUCAA